AUGGCUCGUACAAAAUCCUCCUCACCAAACGAACCAAUUGCCAUUAUUGGUAGCGGAUGCAGGUUCCCUGGUGGUGCCAGCUCCCCUUCCAAGCUUUGGGACUUGUUGCGAGACCCUCGUGAUGUCCUGAGCGAAAUUCCUCCCAGUCGCUGGGAUGUUCACGGAUUUCAUCAUCCCGACUCUCAGUUUCCCGGCCAUGCCAACGUCAAGCACUCAUAUCUCUUGGAAGAUGAUGUGGCGCAGUUUGAUGCGCAGUUCUUCAACCUCACGCCGGCUGAAGCCGUUGCCAUGGAUCCUCAGCAACGCCUGCUUCUGGAGACGGUGUAUGAGGGUCUUGAGUCGGCUGGCUUGACUAUCGAAGAGCUCAGGGGAUCAGACACUGGUGUUUACGUCGGUGUCAUGUAUGUAGACUAUGAGGCUCUGCAAUUCCGAGAUUUACAACAUAUUCCAACAUACCUUGCGAUCGGCACUGCCCGUAGCAUCGUUUCCAACAGGGUUUCAUACUUCUUUGACUGGCAUGGGCCAUCCUUAACAGUCGAUACGGCCUGCUCCUCCAGUUUGGUCGCUUUGCACCAAGCAAUGCAAGCCCUGCGUUCAGGAGAGGUGAAGGUGGCCUUGGCAGCAGGAACCAACCUACUUCUCGGGCCAGAACCAUAUAUCCAUGAGAGCAAGCUGAAAAUGCUGUCGCCAGAUGGCCGAUCACGAAUGUGGGACCAAGACGCGAAUGGGUAUGCGCGUGGCGAUGGCGUGGCUUCUGUCGUUUUGAAAACCCUGAGUGCUGCCCUUGCAGAUGGAGACAAUAUCGAAUGCAUUAUUCGCGAAACAGGAGUGAACCAGGAUGGUCGGAGUCGUGGUAUCACCAUGCCUAGUGCCACCGCGCAAGCCACCCUGAUCCGUGAUACCUACGCCAGGGCUGGCCUUGACCCAACAUCAGCAACUGACCGCUGUCAGUAUUUUGAAGCUCACGGUACUGGUACUCCAGCGGGCGACCCAGUGGAGGCGGAAGCCAUUCAUACGGCGUUCUUUGGAGACGAUUGCCCCAUUGAAGACGAGUCGCCCCUGUAUGUCGGCUCGAUCAAAACCAUUAUUGGACAUACAGAAAGUACAGCGGGCUUGGCUGGAGUCCUCAAGGUCGUGCAAGCCAUGAAGCACGGCUACAUUCCUCCCAACAUGCUCCUGAACCGUUUGAACCCGAACAUCCUACCAUUUUAUAACCAUUUGCACAUCCCCCAAGAACUCACACCGUGGCCGCAAGUUCCCGGUCAACCUCGUCGCGCGAGUGUGAAUAGCUUCGGAUUUGGUGGAACCAACGGUCAUGUCAUCCUCGAGAGCUUUGAGCCUUUACAGAUCGACAGCCCUAGAGCCAACUUGACCCCCUUUACACCCUUUGUCUUUUCGGCUCAGUCAAAACAGUCGCUACUGGCUAGCCUCAAUGCCCAUACUAAAUACCUGGAAGACCAUCCCAACACCAGCCCGACUGAUCUAGCAUGGACCUUGCGAUCGCGCCGCUCUCGUUUGCCACUUCGUGUUUCAUUUCCCGCUUCGUCUAUCGAAGUGUUACGCUCUAACCUGAAAGAUCUGACCAACAAUUUCCAGCUAGACACAAGAUCUGCUACCUCAGGAACGAAAAAGACGCGAAUCCUCGGCGUCUUUACAGGCCAAGGAGCACAAUGGGCUCGCAUGGGAGCUGAGUUUAUUGAGACUUCCGAAUAUGCUGCCAACAUUCUGGGCGAGCUGGAUGACGUGUUGGCACAGCUUCCGGAAUUGGAUCGACCAUCGUGGACUCUGCAAGAGGAGCUUCUUGCUGAGGGAUCCUCAAGCAAUGUUAACAACGCCUCAAUUUCACAACCCAUCUGUACCGCUGUUCAGAUUAUUCUUGUUAAGCUUCUGACCCUGGCCGGUAUUGAGUUUGCUGCUGUUGUUGGACAUUCCUCUGGUGAGAUCGCUGCUGCUUUUGCUGCAGGCUAUUUAUCUGCUCACGAUGCCAUUCGCAUCGCCUACUACCGUGGUCUUCAUUCUCAUCUCGCUGGCGGUCCAAAUGGGGUGCAAGGUGCCAUGCUUGCUGUGGGAACAACUCUUGAGGAUGCGGAAGAGCUCUGCAAUGAUGUGGAAUUUAAAGGAAGAGUCAAUGUUGCGGCAUGCAACUCUCCUUCGAGUCUUACGCUUUCUGGUGACGAAGACGCCAUUGCCGAAAUGUCUUAUAUUUUCGAAGAUGAGAACAAGUUCUUCCGCCGCCUCAGAGUAGACAAGGCUUAUCACUCACAUCAUAUGAUUCCGUGCUCGCAGGCAUACCUGGACUCUAUGAGCGCCGUCUCAAUCAAACCGGAACGCACAGAUUCGAGCUGUGUUUGGGUUUCCAGCGUCAAUCCGGAUCGCCCAAUGGACGAGGUUGUGAGUCUCGAAGCAUCAUAUUGGGUCGACAAUUUGUUAUCGCCAGUCUUGUUCACCCAAGCAGUCGAGCGUGCCUUGUCAUUUGGACCAUUUGAUGGAGCAAUCGAAGUUGGCCCUCACCCGGCUCUUAAGGGCCCUGUCCGUGACACGCUUCAAAACUUCCAUGUUGACAUUCCUUACACGGGACUUCUCCAGCGGAACAGUGACUCUAUCCAGAGUGUUUCCACCGCACUGGGGUAUCUCUGGUCACACAUGGAUAACCUUUCUAUCGACUUCGAUCGAUACGAAGGCGCGCUAGGUGGACUAACAUCCUACCGCUUCGUUUCGGAUCUGCCAGUGUACCAGUGGAACCAUAGUCAAGGGUACUGGCAUGAGUCGAAUCUCUCACGAAAACUUCGGCAAAGAAGCCACCCUGUUCAUCCGUUACUUGGUGACAUGAGCCCCCAGAGCUCUCCCCACCAGCUCAUGUGGAAGACCAUAUUACGACCUCAAGACCUUCCAUGGGUCCACGACCAUCGGAUCCAGGGUCAGACAGUCUUCCCAGCCGCUGGAUACGUAUCCACGGCUCUUGAAACCGUUCCAUUUCUGGCCCCGGAGACUCCAGUUCAGCUAGUAGAGCUAGAAGAUUUCGUGAUCCACCAAGCUAUGGUAUUUGGAAAUGACGCAGAAUCGGGUAUUGAAGUUCGAUCCACUGUCAGCAAUAUCAACCAAGACGAUCCCAGUCGUAUUACGGCGCAUUUUACAUAUGAAGCACUCUCUGGAAAGCAGCAAGACUUCCACUUGGUAGCGAGUGGUGAGAUUUCCAUCAGCAUCGGACAGCCAUCUCCGCAAAUAUUACCUGCGACCGGGGGUAAUGAGCCCAACAUGGUAGACGUGCCAGCCGAUAUCCUCUACGAGUCAUUGAAAGAUAUCGGCUACGGAUAUACCGGUCCUUUCCAGGCAUUAUCUGAUAUGAAAAGAAAGCUUGGGCUAGCAUCUGGCUCUAUCGCCAUGACCGCCUCCGAAUUCAAUGGCGAGGUUCUUGCUGUCCAUCCAGGUGUACUUGAUGCCGCCUUCCACUCCAUCAUAAUGGCCUUCAGCUACCCCCGGGAUGGACAGCUCUGGUCUUUACAUCUUCCAACUAGCAUCGAAAGGAUUAGAAUCAAUCCUUCGCUGUGUGGGCGUAACUGGGUGGAUGUCUCUAAUGUCCCCUUUGUUGCGUCUCUUGAUGUCCAUGGUGCUAAAGGCGGCUCUGGAUUCCAAGGUGACGUUGAGAUUCAAGAUAUCACUGGAGAUUACACCGCUGUUCAGGUGGAAGGACUCCGUGUGGUGCCUUUUACCCCCGCAACUGCAGCCGAUGACCAGAAUUUGUUCUACUCACUCCAUUGGGUUGAUGCUGAGCCUAACGCAGAUAUCCCCGGCACAUACCUGGCGACAGUGGAAGAAAAGGAACUAGCAGUUAUUCUGGAGCGCGGUUGUCUGUUUUACCUGCGCCAGCUGGAGCAUCAAAUUCCACAUGAUCAUCCUGGACGGUCCGAUAAGUACAACGCCGCCUACCUGAAUUUCGCAUCACACAACCACAAAUUGUGCUUGGAAGGGAGACACCGAUAUGCAAAGAAGGAAUGGCUUAAUGAUACUCUGGAGGAUAUUCUCGCCAUCACUGAGCGAUUCUCUGACCGGCCUGAAGUGAAGGCAAUGCACGUCGUUGGAGAGCAAAUGCCCCGGGCCAUUCGUGGAGAGACUGCUAUGCUUGAGCACCUGAUGAUGAAUGGUCUUCUGAGUGACUACUAUACCAGAGCGUUGAGUAUGGCUCAGGGAACGGAUGUCUUGGCCGCAACAGUUCUGCAAAUUGCUCGUCGAUACCCUCACGGUAGAAUUCUUGAAGUCGGUGCUGGAACUGGUGGUGCAACUCGACAGAUCCUCAAGCGCAUCGGCCAACAGUUCUCAAGCUACGCAUUCACGGACAUAUCGGCCGGUUUCUUCGGCACCGCACAGACAGAAUUUGCUGCCUAUGAAGAUCGAAUGACGUACAAUACUCUGGACCUUGAACGAGAUUUGCAAACGCAAGGGUUCGAGAAGCAUUCAUACGACGUCGUUGUAGCAUCAUUUGUUCUCCAUGCUACAAAGAGCCUCGAGCAGACCGUCCGCAGAGUCCGAACAUUAUUGAAGCCUGGUGGCUACUUGAUCCUCUACGAAGUCACCAAUGUGGAUCUGAUGCGUGGUACCGCCUUGUUUGGUUGUCUCCCGGGAUGGUGGGAGGGCGUUGAAGAAGGACGGACUCUAGGCGCUGCUGUGACAGAGGCCAAAUGGGAUGCCAUUCUUCGCAAAUCCGGGUUCUCGGGCAUUGAUACAACAACGGUUGUUCAAGACUCCCUUGCCUUGCCCAACUCUGUCUUGGUCUCACAAGCGGUCGAUGACUGGGUUGAGUUCAUGCGAGAGCCUCUCGUCUGGCGCCCUUCGGUCCAGUCUGUCAUCAAACAUCUCUUCAUUGUGGGAGGGACAACAUUCCGUGUCUCUCGCUUGAUCGAAGAUCUUCUCAAACUUAUCCGGGGGUUCUGUGAAGUCAUGACCAGAGUGGAGACCUUUGAGGAAUUAAACCACUCGACGAUUGAUUCAAAGGCAACGGUACUUGUUCUUGCGGACCUUGACGAGCCUGUCUUCAAAGAUAUUACUGAGGCACGUUUCGACAGCGUGAAGAAACUCUUUGGAUCAGAGAAGACCAUUCUUUGGGUCACCAAAGACCGCAUGGUUAAUAACCCCUUUGGAUGCAUGCCAGUCGGAUUUGCGCGAUCUGCCCUUUGGGAAGUGCCUGAACUCCGCUAUCAGUUUGUCGACUUUGAGGGGGUGCACAGAAUCGACGCCAGGGUGUUGACAGAAACCGUUCUACGAUUCCAAUCAUCCGGUUCUAUCCGUGAACAGAGCAAGCGAAACGCCCUAUGGCCUGUCGAGUCAGAAAUCAUCAUUAACUCUGACGGACGUCAGCUCGUUCCGCGAUUGGUGCACGUCAGCGAUGCAAAUGAUCGUUACAACUCUGCGCGCAGAACAAUUACCAAGGAUAUUCAACCUCAAAAUUCUCCCGUUGUCAUUUCAAAUGUGGAUGGCCAGUAUGUCCUACAUGAGAAAGCCAUGCCGGCUAGUGGAAAGCCAAAUGCAAGUGCUACUAAUACGAUCACCGUCAAAGUGAGCCACUCCAGCCUGCAGGCCGUCAAGUCUGUCUUGGGUGAUGCUUUUGUCGUGUUGGGAACCUGUAGCAAGAAGGGCACUCAAUACAUUGGUCUAGCAGAUUCAGCUUCCUCGCUUGUUGAAAUGCCACAGAGCAGCCUCGUUCCUUGCUCAGUGGCGCCUCAGUCGGAAGGGCUGUUCUUGAAUUUAGUCACUGCCAACCUCCUCUUGCCAGUUCUUACAGCGUCCCUCGCUGACAAAGACACUCUUGUCGUUCACAAUGCUCCUCAAUUGAUGGCAAAUAGUCUUGUUCGCUACGCUGACACCGCUGGAAUCAGAUUGACUCUUACAACCUCAUCCAAAGCAGAAGCGGAGCAGAAGAACUGGGUACAUGUUAGUCAAUAUGCACGUCAGUCGGAGCUGAAAUCGCUCCUUCCUAGCCACGUCUCACGAUGCAUUGAUCUUACACCUCUGAACCGACAACCAACCCAACCACCACCGAUCUCAUUGUGCCUACCCUCCAAUACCCACAUAAUAAACGCUCUCUCAGUGUUUCCCAGCCUGCCGACCCCGGUUUCCUCCCGGAAAGAUGCUUCAGAGGUCAGCAAGAUGGUGCAAUUGGCGAUGAACUCCGCAUUGGAAGACCUUGGAAGCUGGCAGCAGGAUUCCCUUGUCUCCAAUCAAAUCAAUAUUCGAGACUUGGCAGAGAAAGGGGACUUUUGUGAUGGAUUCACAGUAGCAGAGUGGAACGCGGAAUCUCUACCUAUCACUGUCCAACCAGUAAAAACACAGUUUCACUCGAACCGCUCUUACUGGCUUGUUGGACUUUCUCGGGAUAUGGGUCUUUCCAUUGCAGACUGGAUGAUCAGAAAUGGUGCCAAAUACCUGGUCAUCACUAGCCGUAACCCGAAGGUUGACAAGGCCUGGCUGGACAGUGUGGAACGCAGAGGCGCAGUAGUCCGAAUCAUGAGCAAUGAUCUCAUCGACUACGAGUCGGUCCGAGAGACAUAUCGUGAAAUAUGUGCGACAUUGCCUCCCGUUGCUGGUGUGGCCCAAGGCGCUAUGUUGCUUAAGGAUGUCGCCACUCGUGACAUGAAAUUGGAAGAGUUGACCCGGGUCACUCGUCCGAAAGUGGAGGGAAGCCUGAACUUAGACAAUAUCCUCCAGGACGUGGAACUGGACUUCUUUAUUUUCUUCUCGUCCGUCGCCACCGUUGCAGGAAACCCGGGCCAGGCGAAUUACACAACUGCAAACUUGUUUAUGAGUGGUCUAGCUUCGCAACGUCGUCGACGAGGACUUGCCGCAUCUGUGAUAGAACUGGGACUGAUUAUGGGUACCGGAUACAUUACCCGUGAACGCGGUGACGUCCUGACAAAGCCUUCGUUUGACCGAGGUCUCUUGACAAUCUCAGAAACCGACGUCCACCAAACCUUCGCAGAAGCCGUGAACGCCAGUCACCCAGAUUCAGGCGAAGACUGGCAGAUUUCAGCUGGUUUGAGGCAGAUACCGGCUAACGCCCCCAAUCGGCCACAAUGGUACUCUUAUCCGCAGUUUGCCUGCCUCACUGUCAGAGAUACCGCAGAAGAAAGCAACACGUCGAGCACGCAGGCAGGUCCAUCUAUCAAAGAUCAAUUGGCCAAGGCGGCGACAAGCGAUGAAAUCGGAGCGGUCAUUUCAGGUGCUUUUAUUACCGAGCUGCGCAAGAUGUUGCACUUGAGCGAUGAUUACGAUAUUACACCUUCUGUCCGGACUGACGAGCUCGGCCUUGAUUCCUUAGUUGCGGUUCGGAUUAGAUCUUGGUUCUUGAACAACUUCCAGGUCAACAUCCCUGCUCUGAAAAUCCUGAAAGGCACAUCUCUUCAAGACCUUAUUGAACAAGCGGCUCAAGAAAUUCCAAUCGAGCUGACGCCCAAAAUGUCACCCGAACAAUGCUUGGAACUAGAGGUCGAAGAAGAGUCUCAAAGCUCUUCCGAUAGUGCCGCUGAGCUACCAGACACACCACCUUCCAGUGACCCACAAACCGAAGACUCAUCCUCCUCGAUCCAGGAUGACCUUGAUAUCCAGGAACAGACAGAGGCACUAACAAAAGACGAAGUGUCACUGAGGAGGUUCGGGCCAUUGUCAUAUACCCAGUCAGUAUUCUUGUUCGUGCAUGAGCUCUUGAAUGACAAGACAACACUGAACAACACAGUCAUGCUGCAUCUUAAAGGCGAGAUCCGAAUCCCGGAUCUAGCCCAGGCUAUUCGAACUCUUGGAGAGCGUCAUGAGGCACUACGGACUUGCAUUUGCGAACGCGACGGUCAACUUAUUCAAGGAAUCCUUGAGUCUCCACCAUUGACUCUUGAACACAAAAGUGUCUAUAACCAAGAAGAGGUUUCCCGCGAAUACGCCUCUCUGAGGAAAUAUGUCUUCGAUCUGGCUAGUGGCCGAACAAGCAGAAUCAUACUCCUUUCCGCUUCAUCAAGGGAUCAUUAUCUUAUGAUGGGUUCCCACCACAUCAUCUUCGACCGAUCGAGCACUGAUACCUUCAUGUUCGAUCUGGAGCGGACAUACGACGGGCAGCAACCUGAGGUUUACCCGCUGCAAUAUCUCGACUACUCAAACGAGCAGCAUGAGCAGUACUCGUCCGGAAGCUGGAGAAAGCCGAUUGAAUUUUGGCAGCACGAGUUCACUACGAUUCCAGAUCCCUUACCCCUUCACUGGAGUCGAGUAUCCGAGCGCCGCCCGCUUGAACGGUACAAGUGUCGCAUUCCAGACUACCGCAUCAGCAAGCAGCUUGCAGGACAGAUCCGACAAGUUGCGAGAAAGCAUCGAUCGACAACAUUUCAUUUCCACCUCGCUGCUUUCAAGGUUCUCCUGCACCGCUUUCUUGGAGUCAAGGAUGUCUGCAUUGGAAUUGCGGAUAGCUGUCGCAGGGACGAUUACAUGCAUACAGGCAUUGGACCAUUCCUCAACAUGCUUCCGGUGCGAAUGAAUGCUACGGGAGAGCAACGCUUCAGCGAUGCCAUGGAAGAAGCUCGCCAGAAGAGUUUCUCCGUUCUUGCAAACUCAGUUCCUUUGGAGGUCAUAUUGAAUGAACUACGUGUCUCACGCCAAUCGACCCACGCACCACUUGCCCAGGCAUUUAUGAAUUACGCCGAAAGCGACAUUGAAGAUGGUCAAUCGUUCCUUGGCUGCCAAAUGGAGGUGAUGAGUCAAGACCAAGCCGAGCUGCCUUAUGAUUUCACCUUCACUAUUAUUAACAACACUUCCGGUGAUACGCGCAUCAUCUUGAAUGUUCAAGCGUCCCUUUACUCCGAGGAUGAUGCCCUCCUGAUAGCCCACGGAUACGAAGAUAUCCUUCGGGAGUUCGCGAAUACACCCGACAACUCGAUUGGUGAUGAGUGGAAGUUCAGACAAUCAGUGCUUGACAAGGCACUGAUUGUCGGUCGAGGACACACCUUCAAUUCAACAUGGCCGGAAACCCUGGCGCACAGGUUCGAUCAGCUUUUCCCAAGCAUUGCCCAAAGGCUUGCUGUGAAGGAUGGCGAUAACGCCUUCAUUACUUAUGGAGAGCUUUCUCGGCAAAUUGAUAUAAUCGCAUCUGAGCUCCUCCGCAAGGGAACUGAGCCUGGCUCCAGGGUCGCAAUUUUCCAACAUCCGACAGUCCACUGGGUUGCCUCCGUUGUUGCCAUCCUCAAGAUUGGUGCAGUAUAUGUUCCUCUUGAUGCCGGUACUCCAGUUGCACGCCUAUCAUUGAUAGUGACCGAUUGCCAGCCCGCUGCCAUUCUUGUUCAUGGGCCUACUCUUGGAAUGACAGCAGGCCUAGAUGCUCCACCCAGCACUACUAUCAUUGACGUGUCUACCAUAUCCGAGCUUCCCAAUGAAACGGUCCCCAUUCUUGCUAAAGGCGACUCUCCUGCCAUUAUCCUUUACACUAGCGGCUCGACCGGAACCCCGAAAGGAGUAGUACUUCAGCAUGCCAGUUUAAAGCAUGAGUUCGAUCAUUGUGCGGCAACUUAUGGAUUGGGUCAAUACGAUGUUGUGUUGCAGCAAAGCGCAUGGAGCUUCGACAUCUCUGUCACCCAAAUAUUCUUGGCUCUGGGUGUCGGAGCAAGGCUGCAGAUGGUAUCUCAUCUGGUGCGGGCUGAUUCACAAGCAAUGGCUGAAUUGAUAAAGCAUGAAGGUGUGACUGCUACCUAUGCCACUCCCACAGAAUACAAAAGUUGGCUGCGACGAGAGCAUCAGGAACCACUGCGGACAUCAUCCUGGCGACUCGCUUUGGUCGCUGGAGAGCCAGUAACGGAACCAUUGCUUCAACUUUUCAGAGAGGUAAACCGACCUAGCCUUCGCCUUUUUAAUGUCUACGGUCCGACAGAAACAACAUGUGGCUCAACCAAAACGGAGCUGAUGUAUGGAGCCCCGGGCUUCUAUGAGGGCACAAUUCCGGUGGGAAGAGCUUCUGCAAACGAGUGCUUCUACAUUUUGGAUGGAAAACAGAAUCUUCAGCCUUGCGGCCAAGCAGGAGAAAUAGCCAUUGGAGGUGUGGGUGUCGCGAUGGGAUAUCUCAACAACGAUGAGCGAACCCGAGCUUCUUUCUUGCUCGAUACAUUUGCUGAUGAGGAAUAUGUCCAACAUGGCUGGACGACUAUGUAUCGAACGGGCGACGUUGGGUAUCUGCAGCAAGAUGGGACUCUUAUCCUCAAAGGCCGUAUUGGAGGCGAUACCGAAAUCAAGCUCAACGGUGUACGGAUCGAUCUGACGGACGUGGAGCAGACAAUACUGAAUGCGGCAAACGGGGUUCUGGCUGAUGCUGUAGGCACCCUUCGGUCUACUUUCGACGAGGCAGUUAAGUUUAUGGUUGUCCACGUUGUCUUCUCAUCAGAGAACCUGACCAUCGGCGACAAGAAUUCUUUACUCCAACAAUUGUUGGGAAAUCUGCCACUUCCACGUACAAUGCGUCCAUCAGCUAUUAUCCCCAUCGAUGAGCUCCCGAGGACGGUAACAGGGAAGGUUGACAGACGAGCCAUUGCAUCCUUGUCUAUUCCACAGCAACUAUGUCACGAAACAGACGGGCCAGCCCUUUCAAAGGCCGAAUCCACGCUCCGAAGUCUGUGGGAAAGUGUGAUUCCCGGCGAACUUGUCAGUAUUCAUCAAAUAGACGCAGACUCUGAUUUCUUCAGCAUUGGAGGCAGCUCCAUGUUACUGAUCGAGCUGCAACACAAACUCAAAGAGCAGCUCGGCAUCUCAGUUCCACUUCUAAAUCUUUUCCAAGCGAACACACUGCGGUCCAUGGCCCGAAUCCUUGACAUGGAAGACGAAGCAGAAAUCAACAAUGACCGAAUUGACUGGGAUGCGGAGACAGCACUGCAAGAUGAGCUAGAGAGGCCAUCACUCUCAGAGAUCUCCAACCCAAUUUCAACACCCCCUCGAGUGAUUAUUUUGACAGGGGCAACGGGAUUCAUUGGCCAGUACUUGGUACGCGCCCUCGCAGAUCAAGAGCAUGUCGAAAAGGUCAUCUGCAUAGCAAACAGAAACUUGAACAGCGAUAGAAGAGCACUUUUCUUUGAACUGGAAAAAGUAGAAUGCUAUGAGGGAGAUCUGACCCUUCCUCGCCUUGGACUGUCUGAUGAAGCAGCUUCUCAAAUAUUUGGAAAGGCGGACUCCGUCAUCCAUAACGGUGCAGACGUUUCGCAUCUCAAGACAUACUCAUCCCUGCGUUCAGCAAACUUGGCUUCGACACAAGAGCUCGUGAAGCUGUGUCUUCCCCGGAACAUCCCGCUACACUACGUAUCCACCACGGGCGUAACCAUGUACACUACAUCCGAAACCUUCGGCGAGGUCUCUGUUCAAAAUUAUACGCCACCUACUAAUGGACUUUACGGCUACACCGCGUCGAAAUGGGCCAGCGAAAUCUAUCUCGAACGAGUGAAUGCUGAGUACAACCUGCCCAUCUAUAUCCACCGCCCAUCGAGCGUCAUUCGUCCCGAAUCUGACAUGUUGGGCGACAACCCAGCAGCGGACGUCCUGCAAAACAUGCUGGCCUACUCGCAGCGUGUACUCGCCGUGCCAAUGGCACCGGGUCUGCGUGGAACCGUCGAUCUUGUCCACCCGACUACUGUCACAAACAAGGUCACUCAAGCCGUCAUGGGUCAUAAUCACGAGUCCGAGUCUAAUGGAGUCACAUAUAUUCACGAGUCAGGAGACUUGGAGAUUGGUAUCACAGAGUUUAAAGAAUAUCUGAUGGAAAAGACUGGGAGUGCGGUGAUUGAUCAAGUAUCGUUGGAUGAGUGGAUUCUUCGUGCGGAAAAGAUUGGGUUGUCGGCCUCCAUGGCUGCUGUGUUCAAGGGUCUGGGGAAUGCAGAGGGGUCAAUGAAUUUCCCGAGAUUGCUCAGGAAUUAG